AAUCAGCUUUUGUUGUCAAAAAAUAUUUUUAAAAAUACGAGGAAAUCCUUUUAAAUUGUCUUAGUCGCAAGAUGAAGUUUCGAAAGAUGCUGGCGGUUUGGUCGGUAUUGCUGUAUGCAUCGUGUAUUCGUUCCUCACAUGAACUGAAAGAUGUUUUUUUGGCUUCAAUAAAUUCGUUCCGGAAACUUCACGGCUGUCCCAAGCUCCAUCUAAAUGAACAGCUGUGCGCAUCAGCUGAUGCGCAUGCUAAAAUUCUUUGCCAAAACGUUAUUACAGAAACGUCUUACGAUAAUAUGACCUCUGAACUCAUAUGCAGUUCACGCGAUCCAUUGACAUGUGUAGAUGAUUGGCACUACCAAGAAAACUUCUAUGACUAUAAACAAGCUAAAUAUAUUAAAAAGGCCGAAAAUUUUACUCUGAUUAUUUGGAAAAGUUCUAAAGAGUUUGGUCUUGGAAAGUGCUUACAUGAAUCUGGGGUCUUCUUCGUAGUCGUAAAAAUGUAUCCUCGAGGCAAUAUUGAUGGCAGGUUUAAGGAAAAUGUCCCUAAGGAAAUCAAAAAGUCCAGCAGUUCCAGCUCUCUGUAUAAGCCCAUCUCUUACAAAUAUGUUUUGCCGGUAUCUAUAAUAUUGCCAGCUCUUGCAUUUAAACUUUUAUUUUAAGGUAUAAGUCAAGAAUAAUUGGCCUGGUCGUCUCAAAAGAGAGCACACCUGGUAAUAGCCCUCUUGUUAUAUUACAAAAGAAAUAUGAAAAACUGCUAUAUGUUAUAAAAUAUAACAAAAGCGAUAUAAAGAACAUACCCUGCAUCCACCCUGCAUCGGCAUAGCAUAGCACAUUGGGCAGUACUUACCCUUCAGACGAACAAAAAAAAAAAUUUUAACUAAAAUAAGUUUUUAAAUAAAUUUCCAGAAUAAGGUCCUCUUCAUUUUGCGGCAAGGAU